AUGGAUGGAGUAUAUUUGGAUGAAAAGGGGGAACUAGCUGCUGACUUGGACAUUGUGAACUGGGUGAAGUUUCCCAAUAAGUCCCUCCUUAGGGUGAAGUUUGGGAGUUUAUGCAGACAGGGAUCCCCAGACCUACAACUCACCAUUGACCAGGAUGCCAUUGUUUGGCCCAAAUGGCUCAACCAGACCCUGCCUCUUUCCAGAUGUGUGGAAAGCUGCCAGCCAGGAUCCUUCAAGGUGGUUCAGGAAGGAAACCCCCUUUGCUGUUAUGACUGUGUUCCCUGCACAGAAGGGGCCGUCUCUACUCAGGAAGAUUCAGAGCAUUGCAAUAAAUGUCCAAAAGAUCAGCACCCGAACAAGGAACGAGAUCAAUGUGUCUCCAAGAUGAUCACCUUCCUGUCAUUUGAAGAGUAUAUGGGGAUCAUCCUGGCUUCCUUUGCCCUCUUCUUGUCCUUAAGCACAGGCUUUGUUUUAGGAAUCUUCAUUAAAUUCCUAGACACUCCCAUAGUCAAAGCCAACAACCGGGACCUCUCCUGUAUCCUCCUCAUCUCCCUCCUGCUCUCCUCUCUGUCCUGCUUCCUCUUCAUUGGCCGGCCAAGGAAAGCGACCUGCCUUCUCCGGCAAAUGGCCUUCAACAUCAUCUUCUCAGUUGCCGUCUCUUCUGUGUUGGCAAAAACCAUCACCGUGGUGUUGGCCUUCCUGGCCACAAAGCCAGGGAACAGAGUGAGGAGGUGGCUGGGGAAGAGUUUGGCCAACUCCAUUGUCAUUUCCUGUUCCAGUGUCCAAGUUGUCAUCUGCACCAUCUGGCUGGCCAUCUCUCCCCCAUUCCCAGACUUCGACAUGCACUCCCAGCCUGGACAUAUCAUUCUGCAAUGCAACGAAGGGUCUAUCUCCAUGUUUUAUGUUGCUCUUGGCUACAUGGGCUUCCUGGCUGCCAUCUGCUUCACGGUGGCUUUCCUGGCCAGGAAGCUGCCUGGGGCCUUCAAUGAAGCCAAGCUGAUCACCUUCAGCAUGCUGGUCUUCUGCAGCGUUUGGGUCUCCUUUGUGCCCACCUACCUGAGCACGAAGGGGAAAUACAUGGUAGCCGUGCAGGUCUUCUCCAUCUUGGCCUCCAGUGCUGGGCUUCUGGGCUGCAUCUUCAUUCCCAAGUGCUACAUUAUUGUACUGCAGCCUGAUCUGAAUACAAAGGCAUAUUUAACGACAAAAAUAAAGGUAUAA